AUGGCGGACACCAGCGACAGACCAGCCAAGAAAGCAAAGCUACAAUAUAUCACCGGCAUAACCGUCCUCGUCGGUCCGGAAGAAGCUAGCUUCCACUUUACUAACCUUGAAGAGAUUACUGCAAACCGCUCCUCCGCCUUCUUCAAUGCCGCCUUCAGCGGGAACUGGAAAGAAGCCAGCACCAAGGUCGUUCACCUACCAGAAGUCACGCCAAAAACCUUCCGCGUUUACCACGAGUGGAUAUGCGCGGGCGGCGAACCCAGCUUCCGCCUCCUGCCUUAUUGCUACAACUCAUCAGCCUUGGAUGCCAUCGUCGACGCCUACAUCCUAGGCGACAUGCUCCUCGACACGGACUUCCGCAACGCGCUCGUCGAUACAGCGCAGAAGCUCCUCGCGCACUGUAUCAACCUACCACUCAUCCGGCAUGCCAAAUCACUCUACGAAAACGUCCCGCGCCGCUGCAAGAUGGGUGAGUUGUUUGCGGAUUUCUGGAUCAUUGCUGGACCGUCGUUGCGGAAUGCGUCGGAGGAGAUGCCGAUGGAGUUUGUGGGAGAGAUUGCGAGGGCGUGUGUUAAGGAGAUGAAGGCGACUUCGGAGAGCGGGAGGUCGGGCUUGAAGGCUGAAGGAUUUUAUAGAAGGGGGUAUUAUGAUGAGAGGGAGAAUGAUGGGAAUGAAGAGAUGGAUCUGGGAAGGGAAAUUGAGCCAGGAAGUGAGGAGGAGGACGAAGAGGACGGCAACGAUGAGGGAGAGGACGGCGCGGAGGAUAGUGAGGAGAGCGAUGAGGAGGACAGCAGUAUGGACAGCGAGUGA